AUGGAUAAGAAUAAUAAUAAUAAAAAGAAAUCAACAACUUCUAAUGCAACUGAACAAUCAUCAUAUGAUUUAUCAAUAUUAAAAAAAUAUGAAUUAAUUUAUGAUCAAGAAGGAUAUUGUUUAGCAUUUUCAUUGGAUCAAUUAAAUAAUAGUAAAACUAGUGAUAAUAAUAAUAAUGUAGAGACCAACCCAUUAGCAUUCUUUAAUCAUUUUGGAUUCUUGGUGAUAGAGAAUGCAUUGACAUCUGAUGAAUGUGAUAGAACACUUGGAGAGAUAUUUGGGAUCAUGGAGAGUAAGAGUACAUUCAAGAGAGAUGAUCGAUCGACUUGGAAUGAUUUCCCAGAGACUGAUAGUAUCGUUCAGUAUGGUAGUCCUUCAAGGCCACCAAUCUUUACACGUCAGUUUUUACUCAAUCGAUGUAACCCAAACAUAUUCAAUGUCUUUGCAACUGUACUUGGUAAUCAAGAUCUUAUGACCAAUCAUGAUCGUUGUUGUUUCUUUAGACCUACUGAAACUGACAGUACUAGUGCGGACAAGAUAGGAAAAAAGGAAUGGUCAACCAAAGAUAAUGUACAUUUAGAUAUGAAUCCAUUUAAUUGGAUGAUGACUGAUGGAUCAGUUGUUAGAGCUGAAUUGGAUCGUCUGCGUUAUGACAAGAUAUCAGAGUUUAUAGUAGAGAAUAAUCAACCAUCCCAUUUGGAUGGUACGCAGUUACAAGGUGUAAUCAACCUACUUGAUAACCAUCUAGAAGACGGUGGGUAUUGUGUAGUACCAGGGUUCCUACAUUGCUUUGAAGAAUAUUUCAAAACAAAGACACCAAAUUACACACAACCAUCGACCAACUUUUCAAGCAAGGAUCCAGUAUUCAAGUAUGCUCGUCGUAUUCCAAUGCGUAAAGGAUCGGUUGUAGUAUGGGACCAACGUAUGCCACACGGAUCCCUCUCCAACCAUAGCUCCAAUCCAAGAAGUGCCCAAUUUAUCAAAAUGUUCCCAACCACAACCGUCUCUCAAGACCGAUAUAAAUCUAGAGCCAUUGUCCUUUCAAAAAUCAUCAAUUCUAUAGAUGAUUUCCCUAGUACUCCUCUUUCAAAUCAAUUAUUUGGUUUAGUUGGAAAAUAUUAG